AAUGUACUAUUCUCUCUCCCUCACUCUCUCUCUCUUCACUGUUGAAGCGGCCCGUAUAGAAAGGGUUCGGUCGUUCCAGCAAUCGCUCUGACAGCGAAGCUCCACAUGUCCGUGUAGUCGCCAAUGCUACAAAUAUACAUACAUAAGUAUAUAUAUGUAUGCUUUAGUGCCUCUCUCCAAACGCAUUCUCCUCUCUCUUUCUCUCCUCCGUUCAAUCCAAAGACCUAAACCAUGGCCGUCGCUAGUCUCUCUCAGUCCUCACUCCUCCUCCAUGGCGUAGUCAAACCCUCACUUUCUCUCAAGACCCCAAACCCUCCUUCCCUUCUCUCUCUUCACACACAUAAGCCCUUUCGCGGCGGCUCAUCUCUGCUUCGUGCUGGAUGUGCUUUUUUCCCCAAAAUGCCCUUGGCUGUCUCCGACAAUGCUUCUGCGUGUCCCGUCGAGUCGGAAAAGAAGACAACCGCUCCUAUCAUCGUCAUCGACAACUACGAUAGCUUCACUUAUAAUCUGUGCCAGUAUAUGGGAGAACUGGGCUGUAACUUUGAGGUCUACCGAAAUGAUGAGCUUACUGUCGAUGAAUUGAGAAGGAAAAAUCCAAGAGGAAUACUCAUAUCCCCAGGACCUGGUACACCUCAAGAUUCUGGAAUAUCAUUGCAAACUGUUUUGGAACUUGGACCCACUAUACCAUUAUUUGGUGUGUGUAUGGGGUUACAAUGCAUGGGAGAGGCUUUUGGAGGGAAGAUUGUGCGUGCUCCUACUGGUGUUAUGCAUGGAAAAAGUUCUCUUGUAUACUACAAUGAGGGCGGUGAAGAUGGAUUGUUUGUAGGCUUAACGAACCCUUUUACUGCUGGUCGAUAUCAUAGCCUUGUGAUUGAAAAGGAGAGUUUUCCUCAUGACGCGCUUGAGAUAACUGCCUGGACGGAGGAUGGACUGGUAAUGGCUGCUCGUCACAAAAUAUAUAAGCAUGUUCAGGGGGUGCAGUUCCAUCCAGAAAGCAUCAUAACCACCGAAGGCAAGAUGAUAGUUGAAAACUUUCUCAAACUGAUAGAGAAAAAGGAAGCCGAAUCUGAAAACUAGAGCUUGAAUGCUGUACCUGGUAACUCUUUAUCGAUGUAAUAGAUCUUGAUAUGCCAGGGAAUCAUAAAAUGUAGAACGUAUGGACCAGUUCCGUUCCUUAUGAGGGGAGCUUUAAAAAAAUUUGUAGUCUCUCCUUCUGUAAACUCUCAAGUUAUGAAAUAGAAUGAAGGGUUUAUGUUUGUGAGGUCUGUUGAACCUGACCUUAACCUAAGCCAGCUCCACAAGAAGGCAAUUCAGUGAUGGGCAAACAUAUGUACAAUCCUGCUCUGUUACACUCUGGUGAGUAAAUUUGGCUUCAGUCGCCGAGUUCUUUUCUUAUCA